AUGGCGACCGCGGACGAGUACGAGGGCCUGCCCGAGACCGCCGGCCUGGGGACGCAUAUGGCGGCGGGCGCGCUCGCGGGCAUCUCAGAGCACGUGGUCAUGUACCCGCUCGACUCGGUCAAGACGCGCAUGCAGGUCCUCUCCGCCCCCGCCGACGCCGCCCAGGCCCUCCGCCGCGCGCUCACCGCCAACUCCGCGCGCGCACUCUGGCGCGGCGUCUGGUCCGUCAUCCUCGGCGCGGGCCCCGCGCACGCCGUCCACUUUGGCACGCUCGAGGCCGUCGCCGCGCUCGCCACGGACGCGGGGCUCGACGGCGUGCCCGCGACCGCGCUGGCGGGCGCGGCGGCGACCACGGCGGCGGACGCGCUGAUGAACCCUUUCGAUGUCGUGAAGCAGCGGCUGCAGAUCGGUGCGCACGGGCCGGGGUCGUCGGGCGCGCGCGAUGUCGCGCGUACGUUCAAGCGCGUGUAUGCGGCAGAGGGCCUGAGCGCGUUCUACGUGUCCUACCCGACUACUUUGGCGAUCAGCAUCCCCUACAACGCGAUACAGUUUUCCGUGUACGAGCAGGCGAAACGGUGGCUAAACCCCACCAACGAAUACUCCCCCUUGUCGCAUAUCGUCUCUGGUGGUGUUGCUGGUGCAGCUGCCGCCGCUCUCACCACACCCCUCGAUGUCGCCAAGACUGUCUUGCAGACGCGCGGCGAGAGCCAAGACGCUCAAGUCCGCGCCGUCCGGGGCAUGGCCGACGCGAUACGCCUCAUCUGGCGACGAGACGGCGCAAGAGGAUUCACCCGCGGUCUUGCGCCGCGAGUGCUCACCGCCAUACCAAGCACGGCCAUCUGCUGGAUGUCGUAUGAGUUCUUCAGUGCGUGGCGAGCUACUUGA